AUGGAAGGCCUUCCAGCGCAGCGACAACCCAAAGGCGCAUAUGCGACUACAGCGCAACCUACUCUCCAUCCGCCCACCAUAUACUCAGAGCCAACAGGGUCAAGCUCUGAAGUGGAUGACAAAGGCGAACCUACCAAAGCCUACGUUCUUCAGCCAGCUGAUGAAGGCUUCGGCGCCUGGAGUUAUGUUGCAAGCGCGUUUACCAUGUUUAUCGUCGUAUGGGGAUUCCCCCAAGCCUUCCCAAUCUUUCAGACGUACCUUGCAGCAGGAAAGAACGCUAAACACCGUGAUUCACUUCUGCUUGGCCUCCUAGCUCCAGGACUCCAGGACAUCCUAGAGGGCAUCCUGUUUCAAGUUCUGCCGCGUUCGCCAAGAUACCGGAGGACUAUUGUAGUCUUUGGCAUUCUUGCCAUUACCGCAGCCAUGUUCUUCGCCAGUAUUGCAGAUACAGUAUGGCAGAUCGUUCUAUCGCAAGGCGUCCUCUUCGGUGUCGGCGGUAUCAUGCUGAACUUCGUUCAUGUGUCAAUCUUCUCGGAAUGGUUCGAGCAAAAGAAGAGCAAAGCGAUGGCAGUCAUCUGGCUGGGCUGGCGUGUAGGAAGUCUUGCUUUUCCGAUCGUCUGCCAGUGGCUAUUGGAUAAACAUGGAUACGAGAAGACACUACGGGUAUUGAUCGCGCCCAUGUUGGCCCUGCUGGCACCAACUAUCGUGCUGUUCCGAGGCAGAUACCGUACAGCGACAAUCAGCAGCCAACCCAUGGCUCCGAGGGUCUCAAAACGGACCGCGUUGCGAGCUCGCAAGAUCUGGUACAAUCUCUUUGUAUCUUCCUUGUUUUACUUUGUAACCAACGUGCCUACGAUGUUUAUUGCCGCUUUCGCUUCGGAUCUUAAGCUCAGCACAUCUGAUCAAGCAAUCGCACUGUCUUUACGAGCCCUAGGUGAUAUGCCAGGCAUGUAUCUGUUCGGCUGGUUAGGGAACAGCGGAUCUUACCAAGCUCUGAUGGCUCUGUGUGCUCUGUCAACGUCUCUCGUUCACUGUCUAGUGUGGGGCUUCGUCAAGACCCGAUUUGGCCUGUUCGCAUAUGCACUUGUAUUCGGUCUCGCCAAUGGAGGCUACACGAAUUGCAUGAUGCCGUUCUUCGCCGAGAUUGCCGGGAGCGACGGUGCAUUGUUCACUGUAGUACACAGCUUGUUCAGUUUCCUCCGUGGGUUUGCUAUACUCUCUGUCGGCCCUGUGGGAGUGCAUCUCCUCCGGCUAGGCGGCGAGGUUGUCACUGAGUCGUACGCAAUCGGCAAGUACAAGUACCUUGUUGCAUAUGCAUCCGGCAUGACGUUUGCGAGCGGAGCAUUGACACUCUUUUCAAUUCAUUUCUGGAAGCCGCCAAAAUGA